UACCAACAUUUCAUUAAUAUUUAGUGACUUAAUAUUUCAGAUUAUGGCUUCUGAAAUAGCUUCACGUAACAUAAUAGCCAAUAUUAAGACUGCCUACCUAUCAAAGAUGCUGUCGAUGGAGAGCAGUUGGUAUGACAAAUCGCAAGAACAGUUCGUUAAUAUUCUGGCACAUGACUUGCAGAAGAUGGUGGCCUUAUUUGACAGUAAAGUGAUGAAUUUGACAGAAAUGAUUUCAGGAAUACUUUUUGGUUUGAUAGGAGGCCUCCUCCUUUCUUGGAAGGUUGCGCUUUUGACCCUUGGAACUACGUCGGUUGCUAUCACGAUAACAUACUUAAUACUUAAGGAAUCAAAAAAGAAGGAAAAAACACAGCAACAAUACAUUAGAGAAUGUACAAAAAUUGCCUCUGAAGUACUUGGAAACGUUCGUACUUUUGCUGCUUAUAGUGGAGAAUAUAAAGAAAUAGAAAGAUACAGGAGUACAUUAAUGAUGGCCAGUAAGCAUCGGCUGAAACAUGCUACAGCGAUCUCUGUUGGAAAAGCAUUCAACCACUUCGCUACAUGCAUUUGCUAUUUGGCCGCCUACUACUUUUCAGUAAGAUUGUAUCUCUUAGACGAUUUCAAUCCUGGCUACAUAGGAUUUCUCUUGACAUCACAAAUUAAUCCUAUACUCAGCUGCACUUACUUGCUGGCCGCUAUUUCUGAUCUCAAUGUGGCGAUAGAUUCAGCUUAUAGGGUAAUGAGGUUCCUGGAAGCUGAAACAAGCUAUGGCAAAUCCAUUGAACAGGGAAUCGAACCUGACACAUUUGAAGCUAGAGUAUCUUUCAGAAAUGUUCAAUUCUUCUAUCCGACGAGCUUGAAUACAAAGGUGCUACAUGAUUUGACAUUGGACAUUGAGCCAGGUAAAGUCACAGCAGUUGUAGGAACUAGUGGUGCAGGAAAAAGUACGAUUGUGAGCUUAAUUUCACGCCUUUACGAUGUUACUGCUGGACAGAUCCUAAUUGGAGGAGUGGAUAUAAAAAAACUGAAUGUCAGUUGGCUGAGAAAUCAAAUUGGUGUAGUGGGACAGGAACCAACGCUCUUCGAUAUAUCGAUAGAAGAGAACAUCAGAUAUGGAAAAACUAAUGCAACUUUGGAGGAGAUCAUGGAAGCAGCGAAGAUUUCUUAUGCUCACGGCUUUAUAGAAAAAUUACCUUCAGGCUAUGCUUCAAUUGUUGGAGAGAGUGGAAUAAAACUGUCAGGAGGCCAGAAGCAGAGGAUUGCCAUCGCGAGGGCCAUCGUCUGCAAGCCAAAACUGCUCCUUCUGGACGAAGCAACUUCUUCGCUAGAUUGUCAUUCAGAAGGCAUUGUACAAGAAGCCCUGGAUAAUGCCAUGCGUGGCAGGACGACGGUGAUCAUUGCUCACAGAAUGUCGACAGUUAAGAAGGCUGAUGUUAUAUAUGCCAUGAAAGAAGGACGUGUCAUGGAAAAAGGCCCACACAGUGAACUGAUGGAACUUGGAGGAUAUUACUACUCACUUGCCAAGAUUCAAGAACUUGAGGAAAAGGACCAAGUUGUUACGAUAAAACGAGAAAGUGUUCAUAUAGAGGAAUUUGUAGAUACCACACCAUUUGUUGAGAAGAGUUUGGAGGUGCCAAAAGAUGACAAAAUACUGGAGCUAAGUAGGAAAAGCAUCAAAAUGAUGGUUGUUUGGUUUCUGGCUGUAUUGUCUACUGCAUCCACAGCAACAUUUGUUCCCAUUUUUUUCUACUUAUUCGGUCGGUUUUGCCAGUCCUUUACAUACCCUAAAGAGGAAUUGAAUCGGAUAGCCUUGACAGAAGUUGGUUAUCUUUUCGCACUGGGCGCCAUUAUUUUUUUCUCAGUAGUUUUGUCUGGUGUGAUGUCAACUGUUGUAACUCAACAAUGGUUGGGAAAAUUGCAGAAGAAAGUUUUUAAUAAAAUAGUUUCAAUGGACUUAAGUUGGUUUGACUGGAGCGGAAAUUCUCCCAACGAAUGCCUUGAGAUAAUGACCAAAAGUCCGCCGCUCAUCCAAUCAGUGACAGGAGACAGUGCAGCUCAAGUCUUCAUCUUCAUGCUUUCUGUGAUAUUCACCAUCGGCCAUUCGUUCUUCGUAAGUACAAGUGUGACACUGGCAAACUUACCAAUUCUGCUAAUAUUCAUUAUCAUCAACUGUUUGAGAUUGAAGACAAGAGGUGCAGACGCCCGAUCUGCCUCCCUCACAACCACUUCGACCAAGAUGGCAACUGAAUAUGUGCAAAGUGUCAAAACAAUCCAAAUACUUAACUGUCAAAAGUACGUAGUAAACCAAUAUCAGGAUAUGCUUCUUCGUUCCAAGAGGGAAGCAUUUGUAAGUAUUGUUUUGUAUGCAGCUGUUUUUGCUUCUUCUGUGUCAUUGGUACGAUCGGCGAUGGGCGUAUUAUUUAUUUAUGGAUCCACUGUAAUUGCAAAUAGCAAUGUUCGAGGAACAUCACUUCUUAGUGUUGUAUUCACUCUAAACUCGGUAGCUCUCUUGACUGGACCUGCCUUAAUGUUGAUAAGCCAGUACCCCACAGCUAGGCAGGCGAUAAACCAACUGUACAGAAUCGCCUACGCUAAAAAUUCCCUCAACAUAUUGACAGAUCGAGGAAUCAAACCGAAAAUAAGUGGAAACAUCGUCUUCCAAGAUAUAACGUUCUCUUAUCCGACAAGGGACAAAAUGCAAGUUCUAAAGAAGAUGAAUCUUAAGAUCGAUGAAGGAAUGACAGUAGCUCUUGUAGGAGACUCUGGGAGCGGCAAAUCAACGAUCGUAUCACUUCUAGAGAGGUUCUAUCUUCCCAACGAAGGGAAAAUUUUGAUCGACGGCCACGACAUUAAUGAUAUAAAUGUCAGAUAUUUAAGAAGCCAAAUGGGUCUCGUUUCGCAAGAGCCAGUCUUAUUUGAUAUGACAAUUAAGGAAAAUAUUAUUUACGGUAUGGAAGAAAAGGUUACAAUGGAUAAGAUAAUAGAAGCUGCGACAAUAGCAAACAUCCACAACUUUAUCAUGAAGCUUCCUCAGGCUUAUGACACUCCAGUCGGGGAGAGAGGUUCGAAGUUAUCAGGAGGGCAGAAACAGAGGAUCGCAAUUGCUAGAGCUGUCCUCAGGAACCCAAAGAUAUUACUUUUGGACGAGGCUACUUCUGCGUUGGAUACAGAGAAUGAGAAGGCGGUGCAGGAAGCUCUGGAGAACGCCUCUGUCGGCAGGACUACUAUUGUGAUAGCUCACAGACUGUCGACGAUCCGAAAAGCAGACAAGAUAGUGGUCCUCCAGUCUGGUGCAGUGGUAGAGGAAGGAAACCAUGAACAGCUGAUGGAGAGGAGAGGGCACUAUUACCAUUUGCUUUGUAGAUAAUUCAUUAGCUGUGUCAGAACGGACUGCAUUGUUAAUUAUAUUUAAUUUGAUUACAUAUAAUAAAAAUAAUGUAUUUUCUUUGGUUAUUUAGUUUUAGUAUCAGUGAUAUCUCAUAUCAAAAUACCCAAUGAUAAAUAAACUUUGAAAACUUGCAUGUUUCCUAUUAUUAUUUUUUUUUUUCUUGAAUACUUGUGUAAAAUAGAUUUUUAAAAGUUCUUGUUUUAAGCUAGCACAAUAAAUAACAUAAGGCUUAGCAAAUCCAAAGACUCAAUGCCGACACCACCAAUCUCUGUCCACACCUCACUCCACCGGUCGCCAUUCAAACCAAAGCAAAAUCACUAGCCACAGUCCCUGGAACUUUGAAUAGAGGGCUCAAUGCGCUGAAUUUAGUCAAGGUGUCUAUGUGCCCCGCAGGCCAAAAAGUUUGGAGACCCCUGGCCUAAGAUACAGUUCGAAGAAGGGAAGGUUGGUUCUGGCAGAAUAACAUCUACAAGAUUUGUAGAGCCAACAGGUGUUAAAAACAAGACAGAAAGAAACAGAUAGUAGAAAUAUUUUUACAGAUUCAUGAAAAAAUGAGCAAUAGAAAAAUAAUUUUAUAUAUUUUUUUUAUAUACCUUUUCUAAGGGCAAUCAUGAAUGUUAUAAAAUAAGAUAAACUUCCAAUUUAACAGACUAAUCCACAUGUUUGUUUGUGCCUCCUCAAAGAGAGCUAUCACCUGUCUAAAAAGUAUUCUAGGAUCGUCUUCCUCUCUGAUCAUUUUUGAAAUGAAAAAACAUAUACAUAUCUGAAAAAAAGUUUCUAUUCUUAAAUUUAUUUUUAAUUUACUUCAUAUUUUUAAACCAAAUUGUUCUGUUUAUAUUCUAUUUUUAUUUUUAUUUAUUUAGAAAGAUUUUUUUUUAAAACUUAAUAAAAUAUAUUUAUAACAAAAAGAAAAAUCUGACAAAAAAACUAAAGGAAAUAUUUAUUAUUCCAAUUUAAAUAGUUUGAUUAUAUCUUAUUGAGUCUAAAAGCAAAAUCAUGAAUGUGCCAAUUCCUAAAUUUGAAAAAAAAAGUUUGUUUUCUUAGGGUUAGAAAAAAAAAAAAUUAUGGUACUUUAGUUCAACAAAUGAUCCAUAUAUGUUCUUUUCACACAUUCAUGGAUUUAUAUUUAAGAAACAGCAUAAUUAAUUGUAUACAAAGUGAAAUUUGCCUUUUUUUUUUUUUUAACAUUGCAUUCAUGGUUUUGAUUCGAUAUAAAAUGACAUUUAUAUUUACCAAUGUUUGAAAAGUUGAAACUUCAAUAAAUACAAAACACUUCCUAUAACAUGCAAGAUUUAAUAAAAUAUUUAUACAAUUACUGAACUAAAACUAGACUAAGAAUUGUUUUCAGAAUCAUAAUAUAGCUGUUGGAAAAUGUGGAAUUCAAGUUCUGUUACACCUGCAAUUUUAUUACAAAAAUAUCCUGUACUUGUAUUUAAAACCUCAUCAAUUGUAGGGUUUAGUAGAUGUCUAUCAUUUGGCUUCACUUUAGGUUUUAAUUUUUUAUAUUUGCCAGUCUUUAUUAAAAAUUCAUGUCUUAUUUUAAUAUCAUCUAAGGAGUGUUUGAGGACUCCAUGUCGCACUACGUCCAAGUUUGAUACACCCAUUUCUUCUUGUAAAUAUUUCAAUUUUUCACACACAUAAUCCCAUUUUUCAUUUAAAACUUCCGGGCAUUUUAAUAGGAUUUCAAAGGCAUAUUUCUUAGUAAACAUUGAUAGUAGGUUGAUACAGGUAUUUUCUAAUGUUUUACCAUCAACUAAUAAAAUUAAGGGAUGGUUUUCAAUGAGUUCUAUUAAAGAAUUAGUACCAAAUUGACAUUUCCCUAGAAUUUCAAAGGGUAUAUCCAAUCUGCUUUCGUUCAAACAUGAAAAUUCAGGCUUGGCAGCAAUGUUAGAAGCACUACUAUUUGAUAGACCUAAAUUGGUGAGUUUUUCUUUGACACUAUAGUUGAUAUUACAAUUAUUUCCGACGACUUCUGCUACAUCUUUGGGUUUGCUGAAAGUACAUCUACAACUACUUUUUAAAAUAUAUGAAGCUCUGAAAAGCUGACGAAAGUGAGCCAUUUACAAAACAAAUCAAAUUUAUAUGAGCAAAAUACUUUCAUAGGUUACAUCUCUGGUUAUAACGCUC